GUUCUUUCCUUAUUUUCUUUUUCAUUUUCUUUUUAUUUGUAGCUAUUCCGCACUGAAAAUUUCAUCGAUCUCUGAAACAAAUUUUCCUCUCAUUUUCUCUGGCUUUCAUUCAUUUUUUUCCCGUUUAUAUCUCCAAUUACACCCACCUUCUUCUUCAAGGAACCAAAAUCCUCUUUUCAAAGAUCUAGGGUUUCUCUCUACCCAUUUCCCCACCUGAAGAGGUUUGGCCAUUGGAGUGAACGCUCUUGCUCUUUCUCAGGUUUCGGAUUAUCGAAUCUAGGGUUCGUUGAUCUGUAUAUGUGUCUCGUCAUCCAUGAGUAUGGAAAUCGUCGGCGAUGCGGCGUCGUUCGACGCCGACUUGUUACAGCUCUCAGAGGUCUCUCCUUUGGCCAUGAAAGCGAAUCCAGGUUUCGUCGAGACUAUUUUUGAGCAUUGGCUUGCGCUUCCCGACACUAAUCGUCUGGUAACGACAUUGCUCAAUGAAGCUAAAUCAGGUGGUCCGUUGAAUGUGCCUGGAAACUCUUCUAGUCCACAUGCCACUUCUAGCAAUUCUUUGCCUUCCAUGUUUCCUGCAGGAAGUGCUCCUCCUCUGUCACCUAGAAGUACAUCUGGCUCUCCUCGCAUAAUGAAACCGAGGGCUGGCCCUUCUAAUCUAGGUUCUCCCUUGAAACUAAUUAGCGAGCCAGUUAAAGAAUUGAUACCUCAGUUUUACUUUCAAAAUGGUCGUCCACCUGCAAGCGAGUUAAAGGAACAGUGUUUGUUUAGGAUUAAUCAGUUUUUCUAUGGUCACUUGGAAGGAUUGCAGAUUAAUGAAUUUAAAUCUGUUACGAAGGAAAUUUGCAAGCUGCCAUCAUUCUUCUCUACAACUCUUUUCAAAAUGAUCGAUGUCAGCAAUGCUGGUUUUGUAACAAGAGAUGCUUUUGUUGAUUAUUGGAUCAAUGGAAAUAUGUUGACUAUGGAUAUGGCUACUCAGAUAUAUGUGAUUCUAAAGCAACCGGAUCUUAAGUACCUAACUCAGGAUGACUUUAAGCCAGUGCUACGUGAACUUUUGGCAACUCACCCAGGGUUAGAGUUUUUACAAAGCACACCUGAGUUUCAGGAAAGAUAUGCUGAAACUGUUAUAUACAGAAUAUUUUACUACAUAAAUAGAUGUGGGACUGGUCAUCUUACCCUCAGGGAGCUGAAACGUGGAAACUUGAUUGAUGCAAUGCAACAUGCAGAUGAAGAAGAGGACAUUAACAAAGUGUUGAGGUACUUCUCUUAUGAACAUUUUUAUGUCAUAUACUGUAAGUUCUGGGAGCUGGAUACAGACCAUGAUUUCUUGAUCGAUAAGGAGAAUCUUAUCAGAUAUGGUAACCAUGCACUUACAUACCGAAUUGUUGAUCGUAUAUUCACCCAGAUCCCCAGAAAGUUUACUAGUAAAGUUGAAGGAAAAAUGGGAUAUGAAGAUUUUGUUUACUUCAUACUCUCAGAGGAGGAUAAAUCAUCUGAGCCUAGCCUUGAGUAUUGGUUCAAGUGCAUAGAUUUGGAUGGAAAUGGAAUUUUAACAAGAAAUGAACUACAAUUCUUUUAUGAGGAGCAAUUGCAUCGAAUGGAAUGCAUGGCACAAGAGCCUGUCCUAUUUGAGGAUAUACUAUGCCAGAUAAUUGACAUGAUUGGACCUGAGAAUGAGACCUAUAUCACCCUCCGUGACUUAAAAGGCUGUAAACUCUCUGGAAGCGUUUUCAAUAUCCUCUUCAACCUCAAUAAGUUUAUGGCAUUUGAAACUCGUGAUCCAUUUCUCAUCCGUCAGGAACGUGAAAAUCCAACCUUGACAGAGUGGGAUCGCUUUGCACAUAGAGAAUAUAUUAGGCUUUCAAUGGAAGAAGAUGUUGAAGAUGCCUCCAAUGGAAGUGCAGAAGUUUGGGACGAAUCACUUGAGGCUCCCUUCUGAGUUCAUUAAGCGCGGACAAGAAAUUUUUUCUUAAUUCAAUCUAUAAACUGGCCAUCCAAGUUCAUAGGGAUCAGUUACUGAAUGGGCUGUUACACAGUGUAGAAAGAGAGAGAGAGAGUGACCUACAAAUCUUUCAAAAGGGGAAAUAUGGAUUUUGCAAUGUGAGAAAGGCAUUGUGUGCCACCGCAAUAAUAUUAAUAAGUUCCAGAUAUUCGUGUGCAGUUAUUGACACAGCAUUGAUUGAUUGCGAUCAACAGCCCAUUUGCCUGCCUCUCAUACAAGUUAGAAGUUGCACGAGGAGUAGCUGUCUGCUGAUAGGUGAUCAAACACAAGCCAGAUUUAAAGUAUUUAAGAACAUUCAAUUCCUUCUCUUCUCUUCUCUCCUCUCACCUUUUCUUUUACUGUCUCCCAAAUUUUAACCUUCAGUUGUAAGUUAUCAGCUAUGUUAGUCUCUCUUUUCCUCACCCCCCCUUCUAUUUUUCCCUUGAAAAAAAAAAAUUUCUUUCAAGUUAGUGGUUGGUUCUUUAGAUACUUGCAUUUAUAAGAAUUACUGGGUGGUUUCAGAUUUUCUUCUUUAUCUAGGAAUUUUGGAUCGGUCUUUUAUCAUUAUAAAUUGGUUUUCAGUGUUUGAUUCUU